AUGCGCAACGUUUUCUUUUUGUUGAUUCUCACUUUCUUGUUCAUCUCCACCAUCAGCGGUGUCAUCGAGCCAGCCCAUGAUGAUAAAGAUGUCGUACCUCACGAGGAGCAGAUGCUCGAUGUUGACACCAUUUUCCGUGCUCUCGGCGUCCCAUACUGUAUGAGAAAGUGCAUCGAUCCGUUCAUCAAUUCGACAACAUCAUUGUGGACGAUGAAGAAUGUCGUAAACCAGGCUAGAAAGGUGUGCUCUCUCCACGCCCAAGCUCUCACAUGCCUGAAGAAGGAACAGUUUUGCGACCACAACAAAAUAUUCUCGAAGGCCAGCAGCAGUGUAGAAUACAUGUGUGCCACGAAGCAUGUCCUCUUUGAGCGUAUGGAGACGUGUCUCAACCCAGUGGUAGAUGAUGUUAUGUCAGAGUGUGAUAAAGAAUGCUAUGCUCGUUCGAAUCUGACCGCGUUCUCCCAAGACUCAAAUAUCAAAUUCGCUGCCACCGUUGGAGGAAAUGCCUUCAUUGUUGCUGACCAUCUCGGAGAACUCUGCACAUCACUUCAAUGUACUCUUCCAUGUGUCACCAAGAGACUUAACAAUAAGUGCGCUUUGAGCGGUUGGCUCAGUUUGGACAUGCUCAUGCAGCCAUUCGAUGCUGUUUCGGUGAUGGUCGAGCAACUUUCCCCUCCACUCAAGGACCUGAUCGUCAAAAAAAUCGACAAAAGAUGCCGUUUCGCUAUCAACCCCAGCCGACUAAAUCGCAUUCGCAACGGCGAUUUUACCGCUUUCAAUAUGGACCGUCAGUGA